GCUACAUACGUUUCUAAUUGACAACUCGAAAAACCCCUUUAUAACCCAAAUCAGUAUACACCCUAAACCUCCAGCACAGUAACCGCAACAAUGGCCCAACUCAACUACCGCACAAUCAACAUCGACGUCCUGGACCCCGAGUCCUCGAUCAACUUCCCCAUGGAGACUCUCCUCCCACCCACUCUCCCCGCCCCGACGACCUCCGGCGCCGCCGCCUCCGUCGUAAACCAGGUGCGCCAGCUCCUCCGCAGCGGCGACAACGAGGGAGCUCUGCGGUACGUGCUCGAGACGGCGCCGCUGGGCGGCGAUGACCGCGCAAAGGAGGUGCAUUUGGCCGCUGUCGUGGAGGUCUUGCAGGGUAUUCGUCAGGGAGAGAUGAGUCGCGUGCUGGAGUCUGUGUGUACCGGUGAGGGUGGGUCGGAAAGAGCGGAUUGUUUGAUGAAGUAUUUGUACAAGGGCAUGGCGGCGCCAGCUCCCAGUAGCGCGGCACAGUCGCCUCGCAUGUCGCCGCAGAGUACGGGAUUCUCGCAGAUUCAGGCCCGCAAUUUGGGUGAAGGAGGUGGUGGACAGCAGAUGAGUGUGUUGUUGAACUGGCAUGAGAAGUUGGUGGAGGUUGCGGGGACGGGGUCGAUUGUUAGGGUCAUGACGGAUCGGAGGACUGUUUAAAUUGCAUGAUUCUUGUUGUUGUUUUGAGUUGGGUUGUUGUAUGUUGAAGAUGGAGGUGUGUGUGUGUGUGUGUGUGUGUGUUCUGUGUACUCAUGUUCUUCGUCAGGAUGAUAUCCUAGAUGUGCCUCUUUUAUUUUUCCCUUUCCUCGUCAAUAUUAUACAAGCACAAGAUUCUAUACUAUACAUGGACUAACUCCACUGAAAUCAUGAUCAAUUACCAAU